GCCCAGAUAGGUAAUAAUAAUAGAUCAUCUGGAAGAUGGACUCAUCGAUACUAUACAGCCAACAAAAACGUUACCUGUAGAAAUUGUGACAAAUGUGGCCAUUUAUCAAAAAACUGCCCCUUUCCACAAAAAGUCCGCCCCUGCUGCCUCUGCUCCGAGAGAGGACACCUCCAGUAUGCCUGUCCAGCACGCUUUUGCUUUGACUGUUCUCUGCCUAUGUCUUCUGCUCACAGAUGUUUUGAAAGACCUUCCUGGAGAAAGCGAUGUGACCGAUGUGACAUGAUAGGCCACUAUGCUGAUGCUUGCCCAGAAAUCUGGAGGCAGUAUCACCUAACGACCAAACCUGGGCCACCCAAAAAGCCGAAGACCCCUUCCGGACAAUCAGCCUUAACAUAUUGCUACAAUUGCGGUCAAGAAGGCCAUUAUGGACACGAAUGCACAGAAAGGCGGAUGUUUAACCAGACCUUUCCAACAUCUCCAUUCAUCUACUACUAUGAUGACAAAUACGGAAUUCGGGAGAGAGAACGGAGAAUAAAACGAAAAGUAAAAGAACUCCAGAAAAGUGGGGAUUUUCCACGGCAGUUCAAGAGGCCCCAUGGGGAGGCAGCAAAUCUGAGGUCCCACCAUGAGAUGAGGAAGAGUCAGGCCUCGUGGAGAAACAACAGGUGGCCUCAGGAGAAGAAAGAACCGACCAGCAGGAACAACAGAGAGCGUGAAAAGCACAGGAAGGCUGACAGGUGUCAUGACAUGGAGGAGGACUUUCCCAGGGGCCCCAAAAUUCACUCCUCUCCCGGCACUUCCAAAACCCAGAAGCCUCACAAAUCCUUCCAGCAGCCACAUUACCACAGGCCGAGAGAGGAUAAGCUGCCCACAGAGGGCAAGCGGGGCAAGCAUAAGAAAAAGGAGAGGCACUUGGAAGACGAUGACGGUGACAAUUUAUUUCUUAUUAAGCAGAGGAAAAAGAAGUCUAAACUGUGAGACAGCUUCCAAUUUGGCUUUCCACUGUUUGUCUGGUCUUCAUGUCUAGACAUUCUGGCAAUAUUUUUGUUUUCUGUGAUUAGAUAAAGUGAGGUUUUUUUUGGUUUUGUUUUUUUUUAAUCACAGCCAUAUCGAGAGCUGCUGAGCAAAGACCGUGGAGAUGCUGUGUCCGACAGGUUACUCAGGAAGAAAACAGAAAGAUGCGCUCAGACUCCCCCUGUUCCAGGCCAUCUUUUUUCCUCAGAACUUUAGAGAGAGAAAGAGUUAAUCUUUUUAAGAUAAUUUUUAAAAAAUACAUUGAAGACAUAAAAAUUCAUCAAAUGUAAUUCAUCUGCAGUGUGACUGUGUAAAUCAAAUCCUUGCAGCAAGAAAACCUAACACAACUAUGAACUAUUCAUCUAUCUUUUUCAGCAUUUAAAAAAAAUUUUUUUAACAGUGGAAAAGGUAAUCGCUGUGAAUCUUAAGUCCAGUGUUUCCUGCUUCUGAAGCUGGUGUCAGAAUCUUCCUUUGGUCAGAGCAUCCCAGGCUGAAAAAAUGAAGGUGUCAUCGCUGAAGCCCUGGAGGGGCGGGGAGUAGGGCUGUAGCAAAAUGCAAGUGAGGCAUCCAUCCAGUGUACAUGUCGCGAGACGGAUUUCCCGAAGCACGUGAAAGAGUCAUCAACAAACUAACGUAAUCACAAUGAUACAGGUUCUACCACUUUUAUAGCCACACUAUCACUCAGCUAUAUAGAGAGAAAUGUUGCCCAACUUAAAAAAGUGUUUUGUCUUUAACUGCCACAGAGCUGCCCAGAAAUUUUUGUACUUGUGAAUCUUUUGUAUUUAUCAAAGCCUAAUGUUAGAAUAAAAAAAAUAAAAUCUCUGAAAUAGAGUAAAUAAA